CCACUGAGCUUUGGAAUCAUGGCUUUGAAUGAGUUUGCAACCAGGAUGGAGAGUAGCGUGCACAGGGAAGAACAACAAGGCACAUCCAGCUGGGAGCUGUACUUGGAAAAGAGAAGCUUUGUUCUGCAGUUCCUGCACUCCAGCCUGAGCCUCCAGCACCUCCAGCACCUCUAUAGCAACGCUGAGCUUCUGAAGAGGUGUUACUUUUAUUUGGACAUUGAGCCCAAACAAGUGAACGUGAGAGACCAGAACCACGUGACGCAUCCGAUUGACAUCUUGCAACUCAUAGACCCCGUCCACCUGCAGAGGAUGAAGAAGGUGGGGAAAAACCAGACUGAAAUCCAGCUAUCACUUUUAACCGAGCUGUUAGAACAGCUGGCACGAGGUUGGGAGGAGCUGAGCUGUUACGUAGAGACCUACGACAUGACAACUUUCCUCUGCCAGUGGGACUUGAUUGCACAGAAACUGUCCAAGCUCUCCCAGUUUAUGGAAACUCUCAUCUCCUUGCAAGUGCCAGGACAACUCUACGCCAAGCACAGUUUGGUGUCCCAUGCAGAUCUCAGAGGUACCAGUCUCCCAGCCAUUACACUUUCUCUCCAGACAAAGAUGCCACUGAUUUUUGAUCGAGAAGCAUCAUUUGCACACAAGAACUGGGCCAAGCUCAAAUGGUUCAGUGAAAAUCAAGAGUCACAACUUGGACCAUGUGAGCUGUACACUAAAUUAGUGACAGACAGGAGUCUGAGAGAACUGGGACAUGGUAGGAUUCAGACAGUCACCUCCAACACGUGCGUAGUCCAGGACCUGCAGCCUGGCAGAUCAUAUGAAUUCACAAUUAGAAGAGCAGCCACCGACACACUCGUCUUUGUAAAAUGGCACGACAGCAUUAUAUUGAAGACAAAAACUAACGCUGAUGAAGACGCCAACAGCAGCACUUAUGCACCAGAAGAAUGA